GCGUGACCGACAGGAAGUGACGCGCCGGGAAGAGCGGAAGUGAGGUGCGCGGUGUCGGCAGGAGUGGGCCACUGCUGCUGCUGCUGCUACUCGCGGGAGGAGGAGGAGCAGGUGGUGGAGGCGUCGUCGUCGUUGUUGUCGUCGACAUGGCCGCGGAGCACGCGUACAUCACGGCCGAGCAGCUCGCCGGCUUCGACAAGUACAAGUACAGUGCUGUGGACACCAACCCACUGUCGGUGUACAUCCUGCACCCAUUCUGGAACUUUGUGGUCAAGCUCUUCCCCAAGUGGGUGGCCCCCAACCUCCUGACCUUCUCGGGCUUCCUGCUGCUUGUUUUUAAUUUCUUCAUCUUGGCGUAUUACGACUGGGACUUCUACGCGUCUGCGCCGGGGCAGGUGCACGUGCCAGGAUGGGUGUGGAUCCUCGCCGGUAUCCUCAGCUUCUUGGCAUACACCCUCGACGGCAUCGACGGCAAGCAGGCGCGGCGCACGGGCUCCAGCACCCCGUUGGGAGAGUUGUUCGACCACGGCCUCGACAGCUGGGCCUGCCUCUUCUUCGGCAGCACCGUCUACUCGAUCUUCGGCCGCGGCCAGACGGGCGUGAGCCUCGCCACCAUGCACAUGCUGCUCUGGGUCGUGCUCUUCUCCUUCAUCCUGUCUCACUGGGAGAAGUACAACACGGGCGUCCUCUUCCUGCCCUGGGGCUACGAUAUCAGCCAAGUGACCAUUUCCAUCGUGUACAUCGUGACGGCGGUGGUGGGCGUGGAGGCCUGGCAUCAGGACUUGCCCUUCGGACUGCUCUACCGUGACUUAUUCCUCUUCAUGCUGCUGGGUGGAGCGUUUUUGGUCACCUUGCCCCAAAGCUUGUUCAACCUGCAUAAGGCACACAAGGCCGGGACGCUCAAGAAGGACACCCUGUGGGAGGCCAUGUUGCCCAUGGUGUCGCCCACGCUGCUCUUUGUGCUCACAUCCGCCUGGGUGUGGCUGUCUCCGGAGAGGGUCGUCGACAGCCAGCCGCGCGUCUUCUAUUGGCUCGUGGGGACGCUCUUCUCCAACAUCACGUGCAAGCUGAUCGUGUGCCAAAUGAGCAGCACGCGCUGCCAGCCGCUGAACUGGCUCCUUGCGCCGCUGGCGUGCGCCGUGGCGUUCGUGGCGACUUUCCAGCCGAAGGUGGAGGUCGAGACGGCCGUGCUGUUUGGCAUGACGGCGCUCGUCACUGCCGCGCACAUCCACUACGGCGUGUGUGUGGUGAGGCAGCUGUGCCGACACUUUGGCAUCCGAGCUUUCUCGCUCGCGAAGCCAAACAGCGACUGACGAGCCGGACGGCCAGGGGGAGGACGGCUUCUUCGACGAGCAGAAGCAGCCGCUGGUGUAACGCGGUUCGGUGCCCCGUCCCCCCGUCCAAGCCAAGUGACCACUGCCCACUCUUACUCUAGGCAACGCACGCCUCGCAGGUGCUUGCGUCCCCACGCCCCCCCCUUAACUUUCAUCGUCAGCACUGCGCACAGAGGCCCUGUACAUUUAGGGGUGGUUGCAUUUUACGAUCAAAUUUAGUGAAAUAUUGACGUUUUUGUUUUUGUUUGUUCAUGAACGUAGUGUUGUUGUGUAAAUAUCCCAAUACGGCAGUAGCCUGACGCGGGAGAGAUUGUGUGCGUGGGUCAUUCGUUAGUGGAGCACAUUUUAACGGAUGACUUUGUUGAAGCUGGCCACGUCCUCAGCAUUGGUUCAUACUGCGUGCUUUGUGUUUUGCCUGCAGUGUGCCGUGACUCGUGUAUGCCAGUUACACGGCGCAUCUUUAAAUGCAGUAACGACAUCGAGCAAUGCUGUAGAUCGUCACCUCCCCAAACAUCUUUGGUACCAUUUUAUUAAAUUGGUUUCCCUCCCACCCACGAAGCAGACUUAAAAAAAGCCACAGAGCGGGUCUAUGUAUAAAGCCACAGAACGGAGUCUAUAUUUUUCUGUGGGACCAUUCGUGCCUGUACGGUCGUGCAAAAAUGAUGCACGAACUUGCAAUCCAUUUGGCCAUUCCUGUAGCCACGUGACCUCUGAACUGUGGCAGAUGAUUGGGCCUCCCUCCGUUGCUGUCCCAGUCCAGAGUGGUCGAGUGGUGGCAUCACGUUGGUUUUUUUCAAGACUGCUGAUGAAUGUUGUGAUUAAACAUGCACUCCACAAAAACACAUUCGACCUUUUGUUCAAUAACAUCGGUGUCCUCACCUUGGCGUGUCAUCUAAAUCGUCUUUUGCAAGAACCUUGAAGUUGUGAUCUGUCGAAGCGGCUGCGUUGAAGUCAACAGGAAAAAUAACAUUAACAUGAUCGUAGGUUUACAUGUAUCCAAUUUCAAAUAUAUGAACGAAUGUAUAACGGUCUAAUUUAUUUAUAUAUAGUAUAUAUAUAUUUCUUGAUUUGUAUUUGAAAUUGAUUUAUCCAUUUGAAAAUUGCCUAGAGUUUAGUGGUGGGCACGUUAAUUCACUUUAGUUUGUGAUCGAAGUAUGAUUUUUGAGCGCCAGUUGCCUUCUCGCGGUUGCCGUGUAUGCAAUGAAGAGCGCGCCCUAAAAUCUGACACAGGUGGGGCGCGCGCUGAUACCCCUGUACACGCGCACGCGCGCACGCGCACGGCCUCGCCCGACGCCACGUCAACCCAAGUGGCCGGGUCGUAACGGGAGAGGGAAGGGAAACCGACGAAAGACGCCGGUUAAUUCAAACUGAGCCACCGUGCCGCUCCCCCACUGCUCUCGCCUCCGAGGAGAGCCCCACCACCCCGGGUGAGGCUGCACUGUCUUCUAAAGCCAAGGAAUUCAAUUGUUAUAUUUUGUAACCGCGUUUAGUCGCCUGGUAUUUUUCACCCAUCCUCGCACACUCGGCACGAGAAUAGACCGAUCCAGGUUUAUCUGGAAAUAAAUGACGACCACUCUUUGUGCUAUCUUCCGGAGCGUUCCAUUUCGGUAGCAAGUGUGUGAGAACACCUGAUGUUACGCUCAUUAAGGUGUUAACCACUGGGAAUCUGUAAUGGGUAAAAACAUCACCGGCUUGCUACUUAGCCAGAUAAAUAUACAACGUGAUGUUUGCUUUUAACUUUUAGUUUAAGUUCUUUGGAUUAAACUGGCUGGUUCUGUGCAUCGCAGGCAGAAAAGAAAAUGUUUUUGUCAGUGUUCUGUAACACGUUUUCCACGGUUGCUACAAAUGCAUCAUAUAUACGUGCGUGUGUAUAUAUGGCAUAUAAUAUUCUCAUCGAAAAAAGUGUAUUUUUAGCAAAGUGUGCGGCUGAAUUUUGUAACGUAAUCAUGAGUAACAACACCCGUCUUAAAAGCCCCCUGCAAUGUAAUCGUACCGAAUUUACAAAAGGUCAUAGGCACAACUUUUAACUGUAUGGAGCGUGUGUGGCGGUGGUUAGCGUGGUUGUGGCAGGGGGGGGGACGACAACGGUUUUUUUUUACAUUGACAAUUCUCGUUUUUUUCCAACGCAAUUUGACUUUAGCAAUCGAAACAGUGUUCGUGUGUGGUGACUGUGACUUCCAACGCAUGCUAUGAAUUAUCAUUAUUAUUGCCACUUGCCUUCAUGGAAUGGCUCUAUGGCAAGUGGGUGUUUGUUGUGUCCAUGUUAUUAAAUGAUUUUUUUUUUCUUUUAAAAUUAGUUUUGUGUUUUAUGAAUUCAUACAAGUGCAACCCACUCUACCUCCGAGUGUUUUUUUUUUUUUAUCAGCAGGCUUGCAGUGCUGCACUGUUGGAUGCCACUGUUCACAACCUGUGUUGUUUUGUUGGGAAAUUCCAGUGCUCUGUGGCAUUUUGCUGAGCUUUGUUUAUAUUUUUUUCUGUCCAUUUAUCACAUACAUUGACUGCAUUAUUUAAACACUACCAAAAAAACCCUGCAGCCUUUUUAACCGUCAGAGCUCAUCAGAGGUCGUCACUUCGUUGUGUUAAUCAAUUUCUAUUUUACAAUGCAUUAAUAACUGUUCACUGUUUUGACACAUACCAACAUAGCUUCUUUUCUGACGAUGGCUUUUUUUUAAGCUGCUGGUUUUGUUUAAAUGUGUUAUAAAAUCUUUUCAACAUUUACGGUAUUUUUUAUUCAUGUUUGCCUUAUCCCUCCUCAUGAGCCAAUGGUGCACUGCUUUCACUCCAAGUACUUGCUGUGUGCAUCUGACGGGAUUCGCUUACACGUGCCCAGUGGGUUUUAGUUGCAUGUCCUGUAAAUGCCCCUUGUAAGAAGGUACUCUGAAUCAUUUGGCGUUAACGUUUUUCAAAGAAUGAAAAUACAAACGUGACGGUGAGGUGCAUUAAAUCGCGUUUUGUAAUUGAGCUUUUUUUGAUCUAAUUUAAAUUGACUGUCAAUGAACUGUGGCUGUUUCGCUGGCACAAUAUUAGCAAGCUUUCUGGUGUUUUGUGUGCAUUGGGUGUGAAUUGGUGAAACCUCGUUUUUUCAGAGAUUAUAAGUGGAAAUAAACUGGAUGUAACUGUU